ACAAUUAAAGUUCCAAAUGUCUAUAUUCAAAACCGUACAAUUGAAAAUUUAUGAAUUUAGUAUUAAAAGAUGAUCUAAAAAAAUUUCAAUGGCAUUAAAUUUAUUUUUUUCCAUUUGAAUAUAAAGGAAAUAAGAUAUAUAAGUGUUGAACAUUACUUUUAAAUAUCAGCGGUUUCUUUUGUUUGCGGAGGCCGAUAUAUUUGGAAUAAAGCUGACGAGACUUUUCAAUGUUAUAAAAUGUUGGUUUACAUUAAGUGAAUAGCUUCUACUAAAAUUAGCUGAGCAAAUAAAACUUAUUUAACAGUGAUAGUUAAACAAAUUUUGCUGAAAACUUCCGCAUCGGCAGCUAACUUACCAAUGUGAGGAUAGAUACCAUUUUAUAGAUUCAUUAUGUAUAGGUAAUGUCAUUUCACAAAAGGAUUAAAUCACACUUAAUGUAUUAGUUUAAUUUUAAGUUUUUGGAAUAAGAAUCAUCUUGCGGGCAGAAAACGACAGAACAUCUUAGAGUACGUAACAACAAAUACCCAAUAUUUCUAUAUUUAAAAAAUUAUAUUGGAGCAAAUCAAUUCAAUUUAAACACGAAUUUUUUUAUAAAAUCUUAAAGCGUUUUUUCAUUAAUAACAAUAACUAGACAUCAAAACUUUUAUAUUAUCAACAUUCACAAUGAGCCCUAGAAGAAGAAAUCGUGACAGCUCUCCUUGGUCAACAAAACGUUCAAGAAGUCGAAGUUAUAGCCCAGGACGCCGGUAUCGUCGCAGUCCCAGAAAUGAUAAUAGAAGAAGGUCACGUUCGCGUGAUAAAUAUGCUAAAAGAGAUCAAUCAUCAAACAAUUAUAGAAGUGAUUUUAUACCGCAUAAAGGAAUUUCUUCGUCAAGAGUUCCACCACCGCCACCUCCAACUGUACAUUCAAUAUCAACGGCAACCACAUAUAACCCUGUACCAGAACCAGAUUAUAAAAAUUAUGGUGGGUAUAAUCAAUACAAUACUAUGCAACCAGAUUAUGGUCAAUCUGCUAUGACAUCACAAUUCAAUAUGUCAUAUCCACCACCACCAUCGUGGGGCGCAGCUCCUACAGAAACACACGCAAUGGCAGCGCCUCCACCUUGGCCAGUGGCUCCACCUAUUCCAGCUCCUAUCCACCAAGUUCAACCAGUACAACAAAUUCAGCCUUUGAAAGAAAAUAACUUUGAUAAUGCGCCUAGAGAUGCAGCAGUAGCCCAAGAAAUACAAAAUCAACGUGAAGAACUUAAGAAGCAACGUAAUGAUUAUUUGAGAAAAUCUGAUACCAUGAAAAAGGAGCUCAAAAUGUUAAAAGAACAAAUGAUUGAUUUAAUUGGCUCUGGCGACGCUCCUCCAAGUCCAACAACUAAAGGUUAUAUAGACGAAAAUGAAAAACUGCAAGGUCAAAUACAGAAAAAAAUAAAUACAAUUGAAAAUGUUCUUGAUAUGUUAAACGGUAUUAUUGGUGAAGACGAUAAAAAAGACAAUCUAACAGAAAAGCAAAAAAGUGAAUCCAGUGAUUCAUCUCCAUCAUCUUCGUCGUCAUCUUCGUCUUCAGAGUCAGACGAUGAUUCAUCACCUGAGAGACUGAAGACAAAAGUAAUUGAAAGUAUGAAAUCCAGGAAGGAAUCACAAAAAAAUGAAGAGAAAAAGAAGGAAAAACGGGAAAAUAAUGGCGUUUCAGAAAAUAAGUUCAAUUUUGUUUUCUAUGACCCGGAAAUGAAUUGGUGCCAAACUUGUAAUGUAUUUCCAAAAAGUGCAAAGGACUAUUUAAAUCAUUUGCAUUGCAAAGAGCAUAUAGAUAAAGUUCAAGUUCCACCAACGCCAUGGCAUGACGAUUUUAGAAGUGAUGAGUUUCCACAUAUAGAAAAUGCACAAAUAAAACGAGUUCCAAUUCGUGGUUUGCAAUUUUUUGUUCCUUCCCGUGCUUGGUUUUGUAAAUUAUGUAAAGUUUGGAUGGGUGAUUUACAUUGUGCAUCUUUACAUUUAAAAUCUCGUAAACAUUCUGGCAAAUACGAUGAAUUUUUCCAAAAAAAUUUAACUUAUGAAGUUGAAUGGAUGGCUGAACGUCAGAAGGCUUUAGAUAAUUUAAACAGGCUUAUAUCACCUAAUACCAGAAAGAUAAGUCAAGCAGAAAAUGUUUUUGAUAAUAUUCCGUUGAAACUGGGCAGUUUAAAAAACUCAGAAGAUAAACAAACUAAAAGUAAGAAAAGUGAAUCUAAAAAAUCUAAGAGCAAGAAGAAAAGAUCCAAAAAACAUAAAAAAGGCUCUUCGUCUUCAACUUCAAAUAGCUCAUCAUCUGAAAGUGAAGCUGGUCCUAUUGCAGAAGAUCGGGCUGCCUCAAUUCGAGUUGCAAUGAGAAAUAUUAAAAAUCAGCAAGAAGAUAUUAAAGAUGAUUUAACUAGCAAAGGUGGUUAUAAUCCAAUGGACGCUGAUGAAACUGAAAGGAAAAAGGAUGAUCUUAUUAUGACACAAUGGAAUACGCCUCAACCAAUCAUAAGCGAAAGUGAGAAAAAACUUUUAGAACAAUUAAAAGGGAAACUUAAAAAUAAACCUCAUGAUGAACCUUCUAAAAAAGAAAAUGAUUCAAAGAAGUUCAAUAGAGAUCAUAUAAGGAGGAGGAGUCCAAUAGCAAAAGAGAGGAGUCCUGCCACCAGAAGCAGACAAAAUCGAAGUAGAAGUCGGGAUCGAUAUCGCAUUCGGGGUGAUAGAAGGAGUAGAAGCAUUAACCGAUAUAACAGAAGAAGUCGAAGUCGUGAUAGAGACAGACGAAGUCGUAGCCGCGAUCGUGAUAGACGUAGUCGCAGUCGCAGAAGAAAUGGUAGUCGAGGGCGUUCUCCGUAUCAUUGGAGAGGUGCCAGGAGAAGUAUUAGUCGAGAGAGAAGACGAUGGAGCGCUUCAAAAUCAAAAUCUAGAUCAAAAUCCCGUUCUUCGUCGGCUAGUAGAAGAUCUUCACGAAUUGAAAAACCAUCAGUUCGUUAUCCAGAGUUUAGACCCAGAAUAUCAGAAAAUGAAUCAAAGAGAAGGUCUGAAAGAGAAAGAAAAUUAGCUGGAAAUGUUGAAGAAGAAGGCAGUGAACGAAAAAAAUCUCCUGCCACGUCAUCUAGUUCAUCAAAUAAAAAGACUACAACAAGCACAUCGUCUUAUGCCGGUGGAAAGAAAUUACCAUUUAUUGGCAGAAUGCCUGUAUUAGCAAAAAAACAACAAGAACAAAACAAUGAGAAUAGUAAUGCAGAUUUAGGUGAUGAAAAUAUGAAUCAAAUGCGAGAUCCGAAAUCAAUGGAAGAUGGUUAUUCACAAUAUGAUAAUGACGGUGUUUAUUAUGACGAUUUGAUGCCAGAUCCAAUGCAAUAUGCGUCAUUAAUGGGUGCUCCACCACCACCACCACCACCAAUGCAUGCAAUUGAUGACAAAGAAAUUUUACCACCUGGUAUUGAUGAAAUGGAAACUGAUUUUGUACCGAAACCGAUAAGUGAAGCUCCAGUGCCACGUAAAGGGCCGCUUCCAAAAGAUUUUGAAGAAGCUCUAAAUAUUAUAUUUCCAGGUGAAAAUAAAACUGAUAACAAAAUGGAUUUACCAUUAGAAACUAAUACACAAAUAAAUAUUGAAACACCACAUGUAGAUUUGCAAGAUAUACAAGAGAAUGUUGUUAUUGAAACUAUUAUCGAAUCUAUUAAUGAUAAUAAUCGUAGCGAUGAUAACCAUGAUAACACUAUUGAAGAAACAAUCGUCGAUAAUAUAGAAAUAGAAUUGCAGCAAAUAGAAAUGCCUCCUCCAGUUGAAAUUUCGGCGAUAAAUAAUGAAAAAACAAUGGAAACUCAAGAGGAUACUUCAAAAAAAACUCAAAAUAUUUCAAAUAAUUCUAAUUCUGUACCUCAAGUAGUUACAGAAGAAACUGUUAUAAAUGAAUUAUCAAUUGCAUUACCAGAAGAAAAUAUAAUAACAUCUGAAAACAAAUCAAUUGACGAAAAAAAUUUGUAUCUUUCACCUGAAAUCAAAACAUCGUCAAAUGAAAAGGUGUUGUCUCCGAUUCCAGUACCAAACCCAAAACAAAAAGAAUGGCGACCCGAAGAACUUGAUGAUUUAGCUAUGCUUGGUAUAGACGCUGAUGAUUUAGCUGCACAAUGUAUUUAGUUUCCAAACUAAGAAUAUAAGAGACCGCUGUUAUUAAUUAAAAACAACAAAAAUUAAACAAAAUUAUACUUGGAAUGACUUUUAAAGUAUCCAUUACGAUUAUAAAAUUAAAAGAAAAAGGAAAUUUGAAUUUACUUAAAUAAAAAUGUUUCAUAUUAAAAAAUUAAUUUCAGCUAAUUAUUUUUGAUUCUCUUUCAAAAUAUUCUAAAGGAUUUCAUAGAGAAAAGUCGUAAUAUAAUAAAAAAUUUCCAAAAAAGUUUAAAUUGAUAUUUAUCAAAUUCUUCUUAAAAAUAAUUUAAUUUGUUUAAAAAAGUCGUAAUAUAAUAAAAAAUUUCCAAAAAAGUUUAAAUUGAUAUUUAUCAAAUUCUUCUUAAAAAUAAUUUAAUUUGUUUGGCUAUACAUACAUACUAAAAUCAGUUAUAACAAAUAUUAAAAAUAUAAAAUUUAGUAUAAUUAUAUAUUGGUUACUUUUAUUCUUAUAAUUGUAUAUGAUUAAUUUAUUAUAAGAUG